AUGAAGCACCUAGUUAACUAUGUUACUUUGUAUACUCUAGUCAUUCCACCACCGCACCAAGAGGAUCUGCCACCACCGUGCAGUUUCAACAUGACACCAGCGCGCACUUUGAACCUGACACCACCGCACAAAGUGGACCUGCCACCACCACACAAAGUGAAACUGUCACCACCGCACAAAAUUGAACUGCCACCACCGCGCAAAGUGAACCUGCCACCACCAUGCAAACUGGACUUGAGACCACAGCGCAAAGUGGACCUGCCACCACAACGCAAAGUGGACCUGCAGCCACUGUGCAGUUUGAACUUGGCACCACCGCGCAAUGUGAACCUGCCACCACCACGCAAAGUGGACCUGCAACUACGGCGCAAAGUGGACAUGCCACCACGGGGCAAAGUGAACCUGCCACCACGGCGCAAAGUGGGCCUACCACAACCGUGCAGUUUAAACCUGGUACCACCCCACAAAGUGAACCUGCCACCACCGUGCAAAGUGGGCCUGCCACCACCACGCAAAGUGAACCUGCCACCAUCGCGCAAAGUGGACCUGCCACCACCACACAAAGUGAAACUGUCACCACCGCGCAAAAUUGACCUGCCACAACCACGCAAAGUGAACCUGCCACCACCAUGCAAAGUGGACUUGAGACCACAGUGCAAAGUGGACCUGCCACCACAACGCAAAGUGGACCUGCAACCACUGUGCAGAUUGAACUUGGCACCACCGCGCAAUGUGAACCUGCCACCACCACGCAAAGUGGACCUGCCACUACGGCGCAAAGUGGACAUGCCACCACGGGGCAAAGUGGACCUGCCACCACGGCGCAAAUGGGACCUGCCACAACCGUGCAGUUUAAACCUGGUACCACCACACAAAGUGAACCUGCCACCACCGUGCAAAGUGGACCUGCCACCACCACGCAAAGUUAACCUGCCACCACAGCGCAAAGUGGACCCACCACCACCGCGCAAAGUGGACCCACCACCACCACGCAAAAUGAACCCGCCACCACCAUGCAAAGUGGACCUGCCACCACGGCGCAAAGUGAACCUGCCACCACGGCGCAAAGUGAACCUGCCACCACCAUGCAAAGUGGACUUGAGACCACAGUGCAAAGUGGACCUGCCACCACAACGCAAAGUGGACCUGCAACCACUGUGCAGAUUGAACUUGGCACCACCGCGCAAUGUGAACCUGCCACCACCACGCAAAGUGGAGAUGCCACCACGGGGCAAAGUGGACCUGCCACCACGGCGCAAAUGGGACCUGCCACAACCGUGCAGUUUAAACCUGGUACCACCACACAAAGUGAACCUGCCACCACCGUGCAAAGUGGACCUGCCACCACCACGCAAAGUUAACCUGCCACCACAGCGCAAAGUGGACCCACCACCACCGCGCAAAGUGGACCCACCACCACCACGCAAAAUGAACCCGCCACCACCAUGCAAAGUGGACCUGCCACCACGGCGCAAAGUGAACCUGCCACCACGGCGCAAAGUGGACCUGCCAACAUGGUGCAAAGUGAACUUGCCACCACCACGCAAAGUGGACCUGCCACCACCAUGCAGUUUAGAGUUAACACCACCACACAAAGUGGAUCUGCCACCACCGCGCAAAGUUAACCUGCCACCACCAUGUAAAGUUAACCUGCCACCACCGUGCCAAGUGGACCUGCCACCACUGCGCCAAGUGGAUCUGCCACCACCAUGCCAAGUGGUCCUGCCACCACCACACAAAGUGAACCUGCCACCACCGCACCAAGUGGACCUGCAACCAUCAUGCCAA